UCUUCCACCCCGUUCACGAUUUGGGGAGAUUCUGGAUAUACUCUACAUCUUCUCACUUGUUUAAAUAGCAACGUUAACUGAGAUCUCUUGUUCCUAAUUGCACCCCAACUGCUUUGGAACGCAUUCAACAACAUUAUCCAUCUUUUCGUCGUGGGAAUUUGGGCAACGCCGUUUAAGCGCCAUGCCGACCAGAAAACUGUACGUUGGAAAUGUUUCGAGACAUGCUACAAGGAGAGACUUGGAAGACCUGUUUUCAAAGUAUGGUCGAGUCAGGGACGUUCGGUUACUGUCUGACUAUGCGUUUGUUGAGAUGGGCGAUGAAAGAGAUGCCGAGGAUGCCCGGUAUUAUUUGGAUGGAAAGAGGCUAGAAGGUGAACGUAUAAGGGUCGAGUUUGCUAAGAACGAAAGAGCUCCCCCAAGACAGCCAAAGUGUUACAACUGUGGCUUGUUGGGUCACUUUGCCAGAGAGUGCCCAAAUGGAGACUGGAGUAACCGUUGCUAUCGCUGUGGGGAAAAGGGGCAUACGCAAAAGGACUGUACUGCUCCUCGUCCAAGAACACCUUCUCCUUCUGGACUCCCUUCUAGAAGGAAAAGAAGCCCGCGUCACAGUCCUUAUAGGCACAGUAGCCGCUCGCCUUCUCACUCGAGGUCUCCCCCUCCAAGGCGAAGCCAUCGCUCUAGAAGUAGAUCGCCUCCUAGAAGAAGAUUUCGGCGCUCUUCUGUAGACAGUCCGAGGAGGAGAGAUGACUAUUCUCGAAGCGCAAGUAGGAGCAGGAGUCCAGUAAGAAAGGAGGAAAGUAGGAACAGAACCCACUCUCCCAGUGUGGAGAACAACUAUCGUGACGAAAGCAGUUACGAAGAUCGUCGUAGAUCUCGUUCGAGAAGUAUUGAAAGUGUUGAGAAGAGGAGAGGUGACAACUCCGCCAAUGAGUCACCUAGAGGAGAAGAGGAAUAUUAGCUGAUGUUUCAAGGUAGUGACUCGUUUGGGUACCUUGAGACGGUAUUGCUUAUUUCGUGAUUGUUGCGCAUGUUCGGUUUAUUUGUCUGAUGAAGCUCUGUUCGACGAUAGUGGAGUGGUUAGUAUUACGCAUUGUGCGACCACUUGUCUGGAGUUGUUUUCUUGUUAGCAUGGCCAUUUGGAGUUGUAGCCACUAAUGGCGCAUAUGAUGAAUAAACGGUAUAUCUCUGUUUGUGGCGCUUAUAUCAAAGGAAGAGGAUAUUGGAAGGAUAUAUAUAUGAAUGCCUUUUUGAAUUUUGGGAAUGGACAAGUUGAACGAUAUUGGUUGUAUAUACACUUAGGAGCAGUUACUGAUGGAGUGGCUUUUUACACACUUGUUACACGUUUGAUAU